AUGCUAAUUUUUCUAGAAACACUUCAAUCUCUUUUUCUCCCCCUCUGUUCUUUUCUUCUUUUCUCUCCUUUGUUUUUGUCUCCUUCCACUCAGUUUUUUUCUUUUUUGUUAAUGUUCUUGUCCAGCGAAACUUGUCUUUCUUCUUCUUCUUCUUCUUCUUCUUCUUCUUCUUCUUCUUCUUCUAUACAUGUAUUUUCUGGAUAUUAUGAUUCUUUCUUUCUAUCUAUCUAUCUAUCUAUCUCAAACUGUUCUUAUUUAUCUAUUUUAACUGUUCUUAUCUAUCUAUCUAUCUAUCUAUCUAUUAUAAACUUAACUGUUCAUGUUUAUCUACCUAUCAAUCAUAAAUUGUUUUUACCUAUCUAUCUAUCUAUCUAUCUAUCUAUCUAUCUAUCUAUCUAUCUCAAACUAUUUUUAUCUAUCUAUCUGUCUGAUGUAGACUGUUCUUAUCUAUCUAUAAUUGUUGAUGGCUGUUUAUCUAUCUAUCUAUUAUUUCUUCAAUCAGGCAAAAUCGUUUUCUUCAUCAAUUUAUGUAGAGACUCUUCAAAAUGA